GACGAUGCCUCCCCGGUCGCCGCGCCAUGGCCAUCCCGCGAUGCCUCGUCACUCGCCAAAGCAAUCUACUCGAUCAGGCCAUCUGGAUCGCGGUCAGGAGCACGAUCACGGCGGCAUUGCUCCACGAUUCUUCCCCCAUUCCUCUCUGGAUCGCGGCAUUGAGAGCUUGCAAGGCGCUGCGAGACCUAGACUGCGGCAUUGUCGCCGCCAGCAGCGUGAUCGACAUGUACGCUAGAUGCGGCACCAUGGCCGACGCUCGAUCGCUCUUCGAUAAGCUCCCUUGCCACGAUCUGGCGCUCCUCAACGCCGUGAUCCUGGGCUACGCUGACAACGGAGACGGCCACAAAGCUCUCGAGCUCUUCUUCCACGACGAGUCCAUACAACCCGACUCGCGAACUUACGUCGCAGCCAUCACUGCGUGUUCCACCAUGGCCGACACCGAGCAUGGACAGGGAACCGAGGAUCCCAAGACGGUGGUGGUGAAACCGCGAUCGCUGGAGCUUGGCAUGCGAAUCCACGCUCGCGCUGCUAGCAGUAUGAUCGACUCCAGCACCACCUUUCUCGGGAAUAGCUUGGUGGCGAUGUACGCCAAGUGUGGCAGCAUGGUCGACGCUCGGAUGGUCUUCGACAGGAUGCCGCUGCACGACGUCGUGUCGUGGAACUCGCUGCUCUUCGGCUACACCGAGACCGGCAGUGGCGAGCUCGCGCUGGAGCUCUUUUCCAGGAUGAUCGGAGUAGCACCCGAGGCCAGAACUUUCGUUGCUGCGUUGACGGCGUGUUCCAGUUUGGCAGCGGCAGCGGCCAGAGGCGAGGACGCCGCUUCUUCUGCUUUGAUCCAGAGCCUGGAGGAGAAAGGAUCGGUUCUUCACUCCCAGGCGGCGGAGAGCGGCGUCGCCGCCAACAUCUUCGUUGCCAACUCGCUCGUCGAGAUGUACUCCAAGUGCCGCAACAUGAUCCAGGCCCGCAAGGUGUUUGACAGCAUCCAGCACCAGCAGCGGAACGUGGUCUCCUGGACCUCGCUGAUGCUCGGCUACGCUGAGAACGGGGAGUCCGAAGUAGCGCUGAGACUCUUCUCAAGGAUGGCACCGACGCAGCCGGAUGCUCGAGCCUUCGCUGCCGCGUUGAUGGUCUGCGGGAACUUGGCAGCUCUAGAAACCGGUCGAAAGCUCCACGCCGAGAUUGUGUCCAGGAGGGAGCUCCAUAAGGAUAUGUUCCUUGCGAACUGCCUGGUGGACUUCUACGGGAAGUGCGGCAGCAUGUCCGAAGCCGAGCUUGUCUUUCACUCGAUGCCCGGGAGAGCGAGAACGGUGAUAACUUGGAGCUCGCUCAUAGCAGGAUAUAGUCACCUCGGAGACGCGACCAAGGUGUUUGAUCUGUUCCACAGCAUGCGAGAAGCCGACGUUCAACCCAACGGUGUAACUCUGCUGUCCGUUCUCACUGCCUGCAGCCACGCCGGGCUUGUUGAAUCCGGGCUGGACUUCUUCGAGGUCAUGACGUUGAAGCUGGGAAUCCGCCGCGAGAUGAAGCACUACCACUGCAUGAUCGACAUGCUUGGCCGAGCCAAUCACCUUGACAGUGCCGUGAAGUUGGUCCACGAGAUGCCGUUUGAAGCGGACCAAGUGACUUGGAAGACGAUACUUGCCGCGGCCAAGAAGUUUACCAACGUUGGAGUCGGGCGACUGGCCUUUGAAUCGCUGCUGAGGAUCGACGAGCAGGACGCUGCUGUUUAUAUGUCGAUGGCGGACAUUUACGGCAGAGCUGGGAUGUGGGAGGAGCAGUCGCAGGUGCUCAUCAUGAAGAACAACUUCCGGGCGUGGAAGAAACCCGGCUUGAGCUGGUGGACCGACGAGGCCGGGAACGUUCACAGUUUCAAAGCUGGAGACUGGAGCCGUCACAAAGGCGUCGUGGAGAAGCUCGAGGAAGUGCUAGUGAAGAUGAAGGCCGGAGGAUAUGUUCCCGACCAGAACUGUCUCGUCCACCAUGUCUCUGACGUUGAAAAGGAAAAUCUUCUCUGUGGCCACAGCGAAAAGCUGGCCAUUGCAUUUGCACUCGUUAAUACAGCUCCCGGUACGGUGAUACGGAUUGCCAAGAACUUGAGAGUGUGCGAUGACUGUCACAGAGCCACUGCUGUUUUGUCGAAGGUGGAAAACAGGCGCAUUGUGUGUAGAGAUGCGAGCCGGUUCCACGUCUUUAGCGAUGGCUGCUGCUCGUGUGGCGACUUCUGGUGAAAAAGAAAAGCUUUCCAGGACCUUGAUGAGCUUCAGCUAUGUACAGCUAAAUGCAAAUUCACUGUUGCGACGCCAGCAUGAAAGCCGAACUGGUA